GUUCUCCACUCUCAACUGCCUGCUCCUCGGUUCCAGCUUGUGCCACUUUUACCUUUGAUUGAUCAGCAAACUUUCUCAGCAAUGGAGCCUCUGAUUAGACAGCAGUCCUUCAAAUUACUUGGGCACGGCGGUUACUCUGGCAUACCACAAGGGAGGGGGUAUGCCUUCAGUGUCAGCGGGGGGGCUGGGGGUCAUGGGACGAGGAUCUCAACCAGUAUCGGUGGGGGGUUUGACUACCAAUCCUCUGGCGCAACCGCUGGGACCUUUGCAAUUGGAAACGAGAAGGUUACCAUGCAGCAUCUGAAUGACCGCCUUGCAAACUACCUGGAGACCGUAAGGAGUCUAGAGAGCGCCAACAAAAGUCUGGAGAUCAAGAUUAGGGAGGUCAUCGAGAAGAAAGGGCCAACUGAAGGACGGGACUACAGCAAAUACUACGCCAUCAUCGCUGAGUUGAGAGCCAAGAUCCUUGACAUGAUGAAAGGCAAUGCCCAACUUUCAAUUGCUGUUGACAAUGCACGACUGGCCACAGACGACUUCAAAGUCAAGCUGGAAUAUGAACUGUCUAUGCGGCAGUCUGUUGAGGCUGAUGUCGGCAGACUAAAGAAACUUCUGGAUGACACUAAUGUCAUUCGUCUGCACCUGGAAGGGGACAUCGAGUCUCUGAAGGAAGAACUAAUAACCCUGAAGAAGAAUCAUGAGGCGGAUGUCGCUGAAUUGCGUGCCCAGAUUGCGCAGGCUGGCGUCCAUGUGGAUGUCGAUGCUCCCAAAGGCCAGGACCUGGCCAGGAUCAUGGAGGAAAUGAGGGAGAAGUAUGAGAGGAUAGCACUUAAGAACCAGGCGGAACUCAAAGCGUGGCAUGAAUCUCAGAUCACAGAGGUGCAGGUCCAGGUAACCGAGAGCUCGACAGCUCUGAAGGAGGCCACAACUGUGGUGACUGAAACUAGGAGGAGACAACAAGCCUUGGAAAUUGAACUUCAGUCUGCACUUAGUCUGAAAGAAGCCCUGGAGGCCUCCCUGCGUGACAUCGAGAUGCGGUACAACAUGGAGUUGGAGAAGUACAACGUCCACAUCCUGAGGCUGCAGGAACAGCUAACUCAGAUCCGCUCCAACAUCCAGCAAAACUCAAGAGAGUACGACAACCUGCUGAACAUCAAGGUGAAGCUGGAGGCUGAGAUCGCCGAGUACAGGAGGCUGCUGGACGGAGGAUCAGACUUGAGACUGGAGGAUGCCAUUGAUAAUAAGAAGAAGGUGGAGACUAAAGUGGUGACCGUCACUCAGACCUUGGUGGACGGGAAACUGGUGGCAGAAAGCAAGGAUGUUAAAUCCAAGGAAGAAGAAAUGUAACAACAAUGUAAUAAGAAAUAGAACCCUAAAAUAAAAAUCGCAAAUGAUU